GGAGCGCACACGGAAGAGGUGGGAGGAAGAGAGAAAUGUUGUUCAGCACGGAGAACGCGUGAUUUCCGGUCCGUUUCUUCAUUCGCCGCGGCGAUGUUCUCCCGCUUCUCGGCUCUCGGGCCCAGCCGCCCCCUCCUCCUCCGUCUUCCCUGCAUCCCCUGUGGCUCCGAAGCGGCGAUGGAGAUUCGGGGACUGUGGCCCCUUCCUGGCCCGGCCAGGACAGAAUACAAAAUCCAAAGGUGUUUUGGCACAAACAGUGUGAUCUACAGCAAGAAAGAUGAGUCUUCUGUUCCUGUUGCAAAGAUUUCUGACAGUGUUCCAGAGAGCCAGGAUAAUGAAAAGAAAAAGGCAAAGAAGAACUUGUUGGAUGUUAUAAGGGGCAUGAAAGUUGAAUUAAGUACAUCAGACAUAUUACAGGACACAAAAACUCAGGCAACCAAGACACAAAAGGAAGAACUUAAAAAUUUGGGGAGGACAAUUAGAGUGAGCCAGACAGCUGUGGAAGAUUCUUCACCUGAGAGUCACCAGUCGCUGCGUCCUGAAUUAGUGGCUGCUGCAACUGCUGUUGCUGAUUCUCUUCCUUUUGGCAAACUGUCAGUCAAAUCAGAGUUGCUGCGUCAAUUGAGGAAACAUGAGAAAGACUUCAGAGCACACCAAGGAAAAGAAACAGUUAAAAUAAGUGACAUAAUUUCAGAUAUGAAGAUCGCCAAGUCAUCUGCAUCUCGAAUUUAUACCAGGCCAGACCGUCAGAUUCAGUUUGAUGAAGGACAUGGAUUUUUGUCUGUGAAAGAGUUGUUGGACCAUGAUUCUAGGAAAAGGAAAGGAUUAUUCAUGGGGAAGAGACUUAAUGUUUUCCCUGUGGCUGAAACUGCUCCUGAAGAGGCAUCUGAAACAGAGACAUCACCAACACUUUGGGAUGUGGAAUUUGCUAAACAGUUAGCCAAAGUAAAUCAACAGCCCCCCCAGAAUGCUUUUGAAGAGAUGAUCCAAUGGACAAAAGAGGGAAAACUCUGGACGUUCCCAAUUAACAAUGAAGCUGGAGUUGAUGAUGAUGGUGCUGGUUUUCAUGAACAUGUAUUUUUGGAUAAAUACCUGGAAGAUUUUCCAAAGCAAGGACCAAUUCGUCAUUUCAUGGAACUUGUUACUUGUGGACUCUCAAAAAACCCAUUUCUAACUGUUAAAGAAAAAGUUGAGCAUAUAGAAUGGUUUCGGAAUUAUUUCCAUGAAAAAAAGGAUAUUCUUGAAGAAAAUAACAUUCAAUUCAACUGAAAACAUGGAAAUUUUUGUUCUUUUGGAGAUGGACGCUAUUACAAAACAUAUAGAAACUUUACUUUUCCCCUCAUGUUAAUUUGUGGUGAAUAAUUAUUGUAAUUCAUUUGUGUUACAACAACAUUAUGUUGUUUAAGAGAUUAGCUGUGGUGGCCAAAAAAUAUUCUUAGUUGCAAAAUUUUCAUUAUAUUCUAUAGAUAAUAAAAAUUAUGACAUGAGAAUUGUAAUUUCACACAAACCUAUCCAAUCACUUUCUCUUCAUCAAGAAGCCAUACUUCAGUCAAGCACCAAGGAUUUCUGAAACAAUUAUAAUGUUCCAGGCACUGUGCUAAAGCAUUGGAGCUACAAGACAGAAGUGAAACAGGAAACUAUCUCUGCCCUCAAAA